AUGGCAAAAGGAGCCUGGGCGCCCAGAGAGCAUAGGGUGGUGAGGGACGAACUGACCAAGUUGCAAGAAGGUUUGCGCCUCUGGGCGAGGACUUUCAGUGUUGGAAACAUUGCGGACCUGCAGCAAGUCUCGAGCGACCAGCUGGAUAUGGUGAUUGAGGCCUUGAAUGGCUACUGUGUCCAGAAGAACUGGAGGUCUCUGGCCCCGCAGAUCCCGAUCCCACCUAAUAGGGUCCCGAUGGUCUUCAUCCAGGCACUGUUAGCAAAAAGCAUAUUUUCGGACUUCACCGACCCGUUCCUUCUGUUAGGCCAUUUGGACCAUGAUCUCAAACUGCCCGGAAAGGAGGAAAUGCAAAAUCUGUACCAGAUCAUGAUCCGAGGUAAUGAAGCGGAAGCUCAUGUCUGGCGAUCUCAGACAUUGCGAGUUCUAUCGGCCUCGGCAAAUGAUACGAAGCUUCACCUAUCACGCCAGCUAGAACGGGUUGUAAACAUCCAAGUCGCCGCGUUUCUCAGCGGGCCAGCCCAUGUUCUUCUGCGCCAAGUCAAAAACAACGAAGAGCAGCAAGUCCGAGCGUCCGAUUUGCACAAGCUGUAUUCCACGGCUGGAACGCUUGCACUAUCUUUGUGGACCCAGCGGACCUAUAUUGUUUGCCGCGGCGUAGAACCUUUGCAAGUCUUCGACUCCUCGGAUACAGAAAUGACCGCGCAUCGCUUCCAUCAUCUUGAUGAAGAUGACAACCGGCUCGACGGCAACCCUAUUCUUGUAUGUGUCCAGCCCGCCGUUCUGGCAUUUGGAAACGAGAACGGUGAAGAUUACGAUAAAAAGAAGUUGUGGGCCAAGGCGACCGUAUUGGUGGCGGAGGACAAGAUGGAGCAGAGUGUCGACUGGUAA